CUUGAUCACCGUACACAUUUGUUGUGGCUUAGUUAAUCCUCAGAUGGCAGUGGAAAAUAUCAAAGUCCACGAAGAGUCCAACGUUGCCCCUCCACCAUCAUCAACACAAUCACUAUCCCUCCCUUUCACUUUGUAUGACACUUUGUUCCUCAGGUUCCCUUCCAUUGACUGGAUCUUCUUCUAUUCCCUCAAUGCUCAACAAUCAGAACCUUCUUUCUUCUAUGCCAAUGUGAUUCCAAAGCUCAAAGCCUCUCUCUCUCACACCCUCCAACACUACCCUCCUCUCGCUGGCAACAUUCUUUGGCCUUCUGAUUCCACAAUUCCAAUCAUCAGUUACACCCCUGGUGAUGCCGUUUCCGUCGUUGUUGCUGAGUCCAAUGCUGAAUUCAACCACUUCAUAGAUUACUCAGUGCCCCAUGAAGCAACAGAGUCUCGUUUUUUAGUACCCCACUUGGAAUCCUCGGAUUCUCGUGCUUCUGCCCUAGCUCUUCAGAUCACUCUUUUCCCCAACAAAGGCUUCAGCAUUGGCAUCAGCAUCCACCAUGCUGCUGUUGAUGGAAGAUCUUCCACCAUGUUCAUCAAGGCUUGGGCUUCUCUGUGCCAACAAAUUAUUAUGAACGAUGAAACAACAUCACAAAGUGUGGUGGUGCCAUCUUUGGUGCCGGAGUUGGAGCCUUCCUUUGACAGAACACUCAUCAAAGACCCGGGAAAUUGGAACCGCUUCUUGUUAGCAAAAUGGUGCCCUAAUAUUGCUAAUGGAAACAGUGAUGGUGAUGAUAAUGGGAAGCGAACCGUGAAGAUUCUACCUUCCCCACCAAGACUCAAGGAAGCGUUUUCAGCCACGUCAGUGAUUAAACCAACAAUUGAGGAAGCAGUUAGAGCCACGUUUGUUCUCACACGAGAGGAUUUGGAGAAGAUAAAGAAAAGGGUCUUCUCCAAGUGGGACCAAGUGAAAGACCCAGAACCAGAACCAGAAUCAGAAUCAGAAUCAAAAUCAACGGUUAAUUCUUCUUCAAAGCCACCAACUUUAUCAUCCUUUGUUCUUGCAUGUGCAUAUUCUGUUGUGUGUAUUGCAAAAGCGGUUCACGGGGUUGAAAAGGAGAAGCAAAAGUUUGGUUUCUGGUUCCCGGUGGAUUAUAGGGCUAGGUUAGAGCCUCCAAUCCCUGAUACCUAUUUUGGAAACUGUGUGUGGAGCCACUUGGUGGAUGCAGAACCCUUGGACUUCAUAAAGGAAGAAGGGCUCGUCCUUGUUGCAAAAAGCAUUAACAGAAAAGUGAAGACCUUACACAAGGAAGAAGUUUUCGGUAAAUCGUCUUCUCGGUUCAUGGCUUUGGCUAAAGAAGGAGCUGAAAUGUUGGGAGUGUCGAUGUCUAACAAAUUUAUGGUUUAUGAGACUGAUUUUGGUUGGGGGAAGCCUGCUAAGGUGGACAUUAUAAAUUUGGAUAGGGCUUCGAAUUUGACCAUGGGGUUGUUGGACAGCAAGGAUGGGGAUGGAGGUGUUGAAGUGGGGCUCGUUAUGCAUCAGAAGGUGAUGGAUCUCUUUGGUACUAUUUUUCAUGGAGGACUGAAAGAUGAGUGAUGGAUUCGGAGCUCUUGUUUGUUAAUUAAUUCACCUGAGAUGUGAAACAUUGCAUCUGAGUUCGGUUUAUUUAAGUUAUAAAUGCUUUUGAAGGCUUCUUUGUCGAAAAUAGAGAGUUUUUCUGGUAGAAAAGCUUUUAAAAAACUCCAAGAGGAAGGUUGUGAGUUUCUAUUUCCUGUUUAAGGGGGAAUUGUUCUUUCUUUUGUGACUGUAUUUAAAGGUUUUUGUUUACAUUAAUUUUGUCCUUUUAGUAUUGUAAUUGUAGAGUCAUGUGUAGUAUAAUAAUUAUGAGUUGCUCUAUUAUAAUAAAUAGAGUACCAACUCACGUAGCUUGUGUACGUGUUAAAAUAAUAUAUUCAACCUCCUCUGUUUUGAAGUC